AGAAAGAAAACUGCAAUGCUGACAUUCAUUUUUGACGACAUAGAUCUUGAUUUUGCCUUUUCAAGAGGUUUGCUCGAAAAGCUCGAAGAAGAAAUUGCAUUGAUCAUGGGUAUGCAAGAACAUUACUCCAGACCGACCCUUACCCCGGAAGAACGCGCUGCAAAUGAAGACGUGGUGAACUAUUGUGCGGCAAACCUUGCGACUCUUCAACGUAGAAAAUCUAGGGUGGAAACAUUUUUGAAAAAUGCAGAGGAAACUUUGGCCACCGUUCUCUCUUCAUAAACAAUCUGCCGUCGAAAUGUGUACUCUUAACAACUCUUAAACUUUUCUCUUGAUAUCUCAACUUAUGUUACUUUUAAAUUUUUGUUGCAAUGACUUUUUGGAAUCUAGAUCAUCCGGUACUUACAUCGUUUAACCUUUCUCAUUUUAUUUACUUUUCUUCCUUUAGGCAAGUCUCCUGCGGGAUGCGCCUAAUUGAUGUCAAUUCAAUAAAUGUUUUUCAAGG